GUUUUUAUAUUCACCAAGCAAAAUAAUUAAAUUGGCAUUAAUAUAAUUUCAACAUGCCGCGCAAAAGCGAGGUCAUGCAGAUGGAUCUGCAGCGGAAGUUUAAUACAACUAUGAGUUUGUUGCGGGAAAUAUGGGAUGAAAUUGGCAUUCCAGAUGAGCAGAUAGAAAUAAGAGGAUCUACUGUCGCAUUACAUAUUGAAAACCUUCUUGCUGGGAUGGUCAAUGAAGAAAAACAUUUGAAGAAGACAAUGUUAGAAAGUAUUGAGAAAUACCGAAAUGAAAUAACAGAAAUUUCUGAAAAGUUAUCUCUUCCUGAUUUUACAUCUACUGCUGGUAUAACAAUCAUGCAACAGGAAAAGGAACUCAGAGUUGAACUAAACAAGCUGAAGAAACUGAAACACGAAAGACUAAAAGUAUUGAAGGAAUUACAAUUAGUAGAACAGAAAUUAUGUGACCAACUAUGUUCAACACCAUAUUAUGUCCCUACAAAUUCAAUACCAAGUGAUGAACAGCUUACAGGAUUAAAGGAACAUAUCAAUACACUGGAGGAAGAGAAAAAGAGAAGAUGGAAAGUUUAUCGAACUAAAAAAUCACAAAUUGUUUGUCUUUAUGAUGAAUUAGAAUUGGUUCCUGAAACAUCUUUUGCACAGGAUCUUAUUACGGAGAUGGAGGAUUCAUUUGCUUUAUCAACAAACAAGAUGGAUGACUUGGCUGAUUUGCACAGAGAAUUAAGUAAAAAGAAAACAGACAUGGAGUUGGUUGUUCAAGGCUUGUGGUCACAAAUUCAACAAUUAUGGGAACGUUUAGAGAUUGAUGAAAAGGAAAGAAAAUCGGUCAGAGAUUGUUUUCGGGGAAUCAAACCUAGCGAUAUUGAAGGACUCAGAAAGGAAUUAUUCAAAUUGGAGGAAUUGAAACGGGCAAACAUUCAAAAACUAACAGAACGUUCUAGAUCAGACAUAGCGAUAUUGUGGGAUAAAUGCUACUACAGUAAAGAUCAGAGACAUGCAUUCUCACCAGCUUAUGAGGAAUCAUACACAGAAGAAUUGUUAAAUUUACAUGAGGAGGAACUUACCAGAUUGCAUGCAUAUUAUGAGGAGCAUAAGGAAAUGUUUUCUAAUGUUGGGAAGUGGCAACAAUUAUUUUAUAGAAUGCUGGAUUUGGAAUCUAAAGCAAGAGAUGUGAACAGGUAUGCAAAUCGUGGUGGAAAUUUGUUACAAGAAGAAAGAGAACGAAAGAAGAUUCAUAAACAACUUCCUAAAAUUGAAGAAGAGCUUUUCAAAGAUAUUGACAGAUGGGAACAAGAAUGUGGAAGUAGAUUUUUAGUUGAAGGAAUCGCUUUUCGUGAAUAUGUUCAUUCACAAUGGGAAGCAUGUGAACAACGCAAGGAGAAUGAAAAAUACCAAAGGCUAGUAAAGAAAAAACAGGAAAUGGAAUCAGAGAUGGUUUACGGUAGUACUCCAAAAACACCAACUAAGCGUAGAUUUAUCGGCACAACCACAAUACUAAAAACUCCUACGGAUCCAAAGAAGGCAAGGCGAGGUGGAUUGGAUAAUACAUGUCGCAGUGUGCUCACACAUCAUACUACUAAUAUAAAUAGGACUGCAGCUACUUGUCUUUCACCUUCAGGAAAGCCCCCAUUGUCCAGGCUCCGAACACCAAGUAGUGCUACAAAGAAGGCUCGUAUUCCGCGUACAAAAACACCUAAGAAACAGGAUGAUGCCGUUUCUAUUAAAAGCGCCCCAGCAAAUCAUUCAAGAAAGACGUCACUCAGCACAACAGUGGUUUCAUCAAGCACAACAUCAUCUGCAAAAUCUGCUCCAUUGUUUGAAGCUGAUCCCUCUCACUACAAUGAUUUUGCAAAAGAAAUAAAUAAUCAAGCUAAACAGAACAAAGCUGUCCGCAGCAGUGCGAUCUAUGAUUUUAGACGAUGAGAAUUUUUAACAAAAGUUUAAAUUCUUUGCUUUGCAUGCUACUGCUCUAUAACUAUGGCAAAAGCUCAUUUUUUACUGCCUGCGCUCUUCUUAUCAAAGUGUGAUGUUAAUUAAUUAUUGGCUAGUUUGCUACCAAAUGAAUUGAAAAUUAGAAGUAACUUUGCAGAUGCUCAUAUCCAAAUGAUUUUCUGUUUUAUAAUACUUCGGUUGAAGACAGUUACUAACUAUUAAUUGUUUUGAAGUAACUGAAUUUUGUUGCAUGGAGUACAUGAUAUGUAGGAUUCUAAUGUUGGUCUUUUCAGUUCUUUCAUGAGCUUUUACUAUAUUUUGUCAAAUUAUACAAGCAAUGUAAUCAUUUGGUGCGUUCAUUUUAUCAUUGUGUUUGUGUAUAUUCGUGCAAAUGUUGCCCCAUUCAUUUAAUGUAUCUAGUUUUAAGUGUGUCUGAUUAGCAUGCUAUAACACAUUUAAUCACUGUCAUCUUGUGUUAGAUAUCAUUGAAUCCUAUUGUAAGAACCAAUCAUUAAAUGGCAGUCUUGCCUAAUGGGCACAAAAAACUUGUAAGUAUAACUGUCCCUAAAAAAUUUUUACAGUCUAAGAAUGUUCUAAAUGUAGUUGUCUGGUGGGUACUGAUGCUGAUGUUUUUUCUUUUCACCUUUGAAUUGUAGGACUAUGAAUUUAGUUGCAUAUUCUCUAGAAUUUGAUUAUUCUAAAUUGACUUAUAUAUUCCUCCUUUCCAUGAACCUUCCUGAUUUUCCCUUUCAUUGAACUAAUGUUUUUUUAAACAUGUUUUGAUCUGAAGUUUUCACCUCGAAUAUAUUCAAUGUUUUUGUCUUUUUUUUUAUCUUGAAAGCGGUUUUCUUUGUUGAGCUUUUGCUAGAUUCUGGACAUGAUCAUUCGAUGGCACUUGCUGGCAAAUUGACAAAUUUUUUGACCAAACAAGCUCUGUUAAUGUAUAUUUUAUAUUGUUCAUGUCGAGUAUAACUGCCUUCACAUUUUUAUGUUAAUCUUUGUUUGCUUUGCAUAAGAGCGCAUCGGGAAUAAACUUACUCACCCUUUUA